CUGAUUUGGGCUGAAAGCAAGAGGCUGACCAAGGCAGCAGAUGCAGUGGAGAAGAGGGGGCCGUACAUCAUGAGCAAAGCUCCCUCCAUUCACUCCAGGCUCCAGCGGCAGCGCGAGUUGGCGAAGGCAGCGCUGCGAAGGCAGGGGCUGCUGGGGGGACCCGCACCGCACCGCCCCAAGCUGGCACCUAAAAGGUCAGUGAAGUUUAACAAGGGCUACAUGGCGCUCAGCCAGAUGGUGGAUGAAAACCUGGUCUCCCUCGAUUCAGACAGUGACGGGGAACCAGGAUCCAGAUGUUCCUCAGGCUACUCCUCUGCAGAGCAAGUGAACCAGGACCUGAGCCGGCAGCUGCUGCAGGACGGGUACCACCUCGACGAGGUCCCCGAUGAUGAAGAUCUGGAUCUCAUCCCUCCGAAACCCGUCGCCUCCUCUUCCUGCCCUUGUUGUUUCGGUGACUCUCUCCCCUGUGUGAUCCAGUAG